AUGGCCGCCUCGUCUUCUUCCGGCUCGUCUUUUACCUCCUCCUCCCUCGGCCGGCCCCCUUCCUAUGGCCAGCCAUACGCGAGCCCCAUUGACUCGACCUGGACACCAACAUCAGGUGCCUCGACGAUAUCGGCUCUCACCUCCGAGGCCUCAGCACCACAUGCCUCUCUUCAUCCUCUGGACCUUGGACCUCCAGGCUAUCAAGCAACAAUAACCCUGUUUGAGAACACCCCCAACGAGCGCACCGUUUAUCUUGGCCCUUGGGAGGUUGUCGGCUCCGAGCAGCGCCGCGUACUAUGGCAGUGCAGCUACCAGAGCGAGCUUCUUGAGCACUUCCUUCCGUCCGACGUACCCGCCGACAUCUUUCCUCAUACCUUACACGCCCGUCAUCGUCCGUACACGGAUCCUUGCGAACUCGAGCUUUUUGUCAGCUUUCGCGAGCCACACAGAGUCAGAUACACUACCGGCGAAGGUGUGGUAGUUCAUGACCACCUUACCGAGGUCAAGUACGAGUUCACCACCGUGGAGAGCUCCAUACGCUUCCAGGGAGAUAUUCGUCGGAAAGACUUGGUUGACUACUACGAUGUUGAUGUCGUCUGGUCCGACCAGCAUGGAAGAACGGACGGCUUUGGGAACAUCCGGGGCAUGGGAUUGGUACAGAGGCUAAAGCUUUGGAGGGACCGAUACUCGACUUACCACUCACUGACCGUUCUUGCAAAUCGUGCGAGUGGCCGUCAAUAUCGAGAAUACGAAAUCCACAAUUUUGAGGGCGAACUGCGUAACCGCGACGAUCGACACCGCCAAGUCCGUUUGGCAGUUCGCGGAAGUCGACGUAGCAGCGCUCCUGAUAACAGCAGUUCCCGCUCGCGCUUCAAUUUGGCACAACGAAUGCGCCCUCGCGUGCGUUCUGGUUCUCAAGGGGGCCCAUCGACUUCUGACGGAGCACCAUCGGGCACACUAAACAUUCGCUAUAUAGGCGUACAGUUCAAUUACCUUCGGUUCCUGGAGAGUUGGGUUGUAGCGCACAGCUCCGACAGCGAGUUUCACGGCAUACCUUUUCCUGCCCACCACGUUGAGCUGCCAUCGCCGGAAAUGCUGCCUGGAGAAAUGUCCGAACUGCCAUCCCCCGAUAUCUCUCGAGGCUUAGAGCCCGUGAUGGAGCCCCCGGAUUCUUAUGAGUCUGACUCGGCUGCUUGA